AUGGAAGCAUAUUUAAUUAUGUUCAUUUUAUUUCGCUGUGUUGAGACAGUUCAGACUGACAUUGUUCAGGCGGACUUUCGGGAUUGGACCUCAAAGUUUGGUCCACAGAAACCAAAUAUUAUGUGUCCAAAUUCAUGCACCAAGGAAGAGUUUGAGUUCUGUUGUGCUUGUAAAAGCAAACCAAUUUGGGAGAUAUUUUCUAAUGUAUCAUAUAAACCAUUAUAUAUGGAAUAUUUGAAUCCCAUUGGUCAUAGUAAAAUUGUUACGAACGAAACGUUAACCGAAUUCAAAUGGAUAAUUCAUCGGAACGGACGAAUGACUAAAUUACCAAAUAAUAUUUGUAAUUUUAGUGAUAUUUUGGUGACUAUGGACUUACAGAGAAACAGGCUUUCAAACAUUGAAGGAGUUAAUUGCCUAAAGGCAUUGGAUUCUUUAGAUGUAAGUUAUAAUGACAUACAGUUCAUUACAAAUUCUACCUUCCAAAAUAUGCAAAACCUACGGGUACUCAGAAUGGCUCAUACUGGCAUCAAAUCACUUGAACCUUAUAUAUUUGAACUACAAAAUACGGAACUUUUUGUGAUAGAUUUAUCGCACAACCACAUUGACAAUUUACACAUUUCUAAUAUUUUCCCCGAGAGAAGACUGUUUUGCAACAUUUCAUUCGAUGAAUCCAACCUCACAUUUACAGAUGUUCCCGAAUUCAAAUUAUCUGACAAGAAAAGUUAUGGAGUUGGAGAUAUUAUUUUCGGAACAUGUAAAACAAAUAAACAUCCUGUUUCUGUCAUUUUUAAGGAACCUUCAGAAAUUAAAAAAGCUUAUACAUAUAAUCACACUGGGACUCUCUGGUUCUCAAAAUUAACCAUGCCUUGUGAUUGCCACUUAGGGGAGCUCCUUCUGUCAGACAAGGAAAUGUUCGAGAAAUUCUAUUUCAUUCCGAAUAAAACACAGUACGAGUGUCUUUCUCCAGAAAAUAUGAAAGGUAUCGAUGUACUUAAAAUAUUCAAUAACAUUUCAGUAUUUGACGAAUUUAUAUGUCAUAUUACAAAAUUCUGUCCGGAGAAUUGCUCCUGUAUUGAACAACCAAGUCGAAUGCGAAUGAUUGUAGACUGUUCCAACAUGAAUUUAACGAGAAUUCCACACAUAAUUCCUCAGACCAGUUAUGAUAUCGAAUUGAAUUGCAGCAACAAUAAAAUAACGAAACUCACUUCUCCGAAUACUCUCAAACACCAUUCAUAUUUAUCAAACAUUACUCUUUUGGACUUGUCGAAAAAUGCGGUUGGAACAAUCGAAGAUGAAUUUCUGAAAAAGUUGAAUAAUAGUCGCCUAAAAUCUCUUCUUUUGCUGGAUCAUAAACUCCAGAAACUUCCAAGGGAAUUCAUAAAAAUUGAUGCAGAUAAAGUUUGGUUUGGCAAUAACAGUGUACCAUGUGAAUGCAAGGAUACGUGGAUAGCCAGUUGGAGAUCACCUGUGCAAAAUAAAUCUUCAAAUCCAUUAUUUUGCACCAAUUCAGACGGACUACGACAAGCAGCAGAAGACGCUUUUUCAGAUUGUGAUGAAGAUGAUUUUGACAGUAUUAUUUUCAGUCUUUUCCUCGUACCCUUUGUCGUCUUAGUGGCCGCUGCAGCAGCUAUCUAUUUAAGGUUUGACUUCGUGCUUCUAAAAAAUCACCUUGUGGAUCAUAAGGAAAACACGUACGAUCAUGAUGUCUUUAUUUUGUUCGAUGACUCAAAUUCGGAAGUGAAUAAAUUUGCAAUUGAUGUCUACGUAUAUCUUGACCAACAAGGGUAUCAUUGCUUCUUUCCUCCCGUUCAUGAGGAAGUGGGCGUUGUCCGCUAUGUUUAUCAAAACGAAAUAUUAAAGAAAAGCAGAAGUAUUCUCAUAAUUCUAUCUAAUCCUUUACAAAAUGACCACAACAUUGAUAUUCUAAAUUAUGGAAUGAACCACGCAUGGAAACUUAUAUCCGAAAAUCAAAUCGAAAACAUGCUUGUUGUUCUGUUUGAUGGAAAUAUAAGAGAGGAAAAACGGCGAUUUCCAUACAUUAAAGCCCUGAAAAGGUUUAGAAGAGUUUUAAAUGUAAGUAGUAGAAAAUACAAUAUAAAAACAAAGAUCGGAGAAAAUUUACCGCUACCGAAAGUGCGAAUAGCUACCUCCUUCUCAGACUUAUCUAGAGAAUGUGAACGAUAA